AUGACGGCACCUGACAUCACCUUCGGCGUGGAGCUGGAGUUCAUCGCUCUGUACAAGCUGGCAGGCGACGAAGAACCCUCGGGGACCCUCGUCGGCGAGACAAUCUACAACCGUCUCCUCGCAGCCGGCAUUCCCGCCGUAGGUUACGAGAGCCUAGAUGGAGACAUCAACGACACCGCCCCCUCCUACAGCCGCUGGCGGGUCGAGACGGACGACGUCGAUUUGAAGCCGGACGAGCGAAAGCUGCUGCCAGAAGGGUGGUACGAGGAGCCUAUCGAGCUGGUCUCGAGGAAACUCCACAUCAACGACCCGAACUGCAUCAACGAGAUCGCAACGGUACUCCAGGCUUUAAGAAGUAUCGAAGGAGUUGACUGUCGAUUCGUGACUAACGUUCAAGCAGGUCUGCACGUACACAUGGGCUGGAACGACGAAAAGAUUCCGUUGAGGGUUGCGAAGAACGUUCUUCAGCUCUGCACGGCUUUCGAACGACAGCUCGACCAGAUCCACUCGACGGAUCGCAUUAACAAUCGCUCCUGCCGCGCUCUGUCCUUGUUCCACAUGAAGCAGAUCGACGGCGACGAGGAUGGCAAUGAAAAUAGAGAAUCGAAGAAGAAGGACAACUUCCUUCUUAGCAAUCUCUACGACAUCGAGACACUCGAUUCCUACAAGGCCAUCGUAAACUUCGACAACCUCUGGUGGAACUGGAAAGAAGUCGACGAGAACGCUCCCAUAACCGGCACGAUCGAAUUCCGCCAGCACGCCGGCUCUCUCGACCUUGCCGCCAUCCGGAACUGCAUCGCGCUGACAUCCACCAUAGUCCACUACUCGGCCUCCACCCCGCCCCUCCAUUUCGUGCAACUCCUCCUCAAAGGCCUAGACACGACCUUCACGCUCCGCCAACUUCUCCAGUGCCUCGGAUGCCACGAGGACCUCAUAACCUACUACAGCUCCCUCCCCCGCCCCCGCUCCACCUCCAACCCCCCACCCCGAUGCCCGGAGAUCUCAACCCUCCUCGCACACCUCGACGCUUCACACCAGAAACACAGAGACCCCACCGCCAUAGCCGAGCUCAUCGCCGAAAAAGUCGAAGUCUGGCAAUACGGCGUCCUCCCCGAAGGCGACGUACUAAUAGAGCUCGAGAACUUCGAUCUACGGGCCCAUCUCGUCGGCGCUUUGAAGGACACGCCGGCGUAUCUGAGCAAUGGGGGGCAGGCGACGGAUAAGGCGGUCGAUGAGGCGAGGGAGGAGGCGUUGAGGGUUUUGGCGAGGUGUUAUACUGUGGAUGCUUAUGCGGUGGGGCGCGAGGGGACGUUGGGGGAUUUGAGGGAGUGGGAUGGACGGCGUUCACGGAGUUAG